AUGUCUCUACUCUGCCAUAACAAAGGCUGUGGGCAACACUUUGACCCAGAUACCAACCUCCCUGAUUCCUGUUGCUAUCACCCUGGGGUCCCAGUCUUCCAUGAUGCACUGAAGGGUUGGUCCUGCUGCCGAAAGCGAACUGUAGAUUUCUCUGAGUUCUUAAACAUCAAGGGCUGUACUGUGGGACCACACUGUGCUGAGAAGCUUCCUGAGGUCCCUCAGCCUGAGGCCCCUGCUACAAGUUCACUUCAGGAGCAAAAACCUCUGAAUACAAUUCCAAAGUCAGCAGAGACCUUGCGCCGAGAAAGGCCUAAGUCAGAGUUGCCACCAAAGCUGCUGCCAUUAAAUAUAUCUCAAGCCCUGGAAGUGGCAUUGGAACAAAAGGAGCUGGAUGAGGAACAUGGAGCAGGACUUGACAGUAGUCUGAUCCGAACUGGUUCCAGCUGCCAGAACCCUGGAUGUGAUGCUGUUUACCAAGGCCCUGAGAGUGAUGCCACUCCGUGUACCUACCACCCAGGAGCUCCUCGAUUCCACGAAGGGAUGAAAUCUUGGAGCUGUUGUGGUAUCCAGACCUUGGAUUUUGGGGCAUUCCUGGCACAGCCAGGAUGCAGAGUUGGUAGACAUGACUGGGGAAAGCAGCUUUCAGCAUCUUGCCGACAUGAUUGGCACCAGACAGAUUCCUUAGUAGUACUGACUGUAUAUGGCCAGGUUCCACUUCCUGCGUUCAACUGGGUGAAGGCCAGUCAAACUGAGCUUCAUGUCCACAUUGUCUUUGAUGGGAACCGGGUGUUCCAAGCACAGAUGAAGCUCUGGGGGGUCAUAAACGUGGAGCAGAGCUCUGUCUCUUUGAUGCCAUCACGGGUUGAAAUCUCCCUGGUCAAGGCUGACCCAGGAUCCUGGGCCCAGCUGGAGCACCCCAGUGCACUUGCUGAGAAGGCUAGAGCAGGGGUUGUGUUAGAGAUGGAUGAGGAAGAAUCUGAGGAGUCAGAUGAUGAUCUGAGCUGGACAGAGGAGGAAGAAGAAGAGGAAGCAAUGGGGGAAUAGACAGUUGAGUGUCUAGGCAGGACCUCAAUGACUUCCUCAGAAUCUUCCAGGUUAUGGUUGACCAUGGAGUGUCAUUGAGCAGCAGAAGGCUGAAGAAGAAGAGAAGCAGCCUGU